UCUGGUCCUGUGUAUGCUGAUUAUGCUGAUAGAUUUAGUGUAGAAGGAGAUGGCUUUCAACUUACUCUUGUUAUUGAUAACACGAUGCGAACUGACGAUGGCACAUACCAAUGUGACGUUAGCGUUCUAAAUGAUCCUCCUUCACCAGCAUCUGGUGCAUUCACAAUAAGUGUUGCAUAUAAACCUGAAUUUGGACUGGCAAACGAAGACACUGUUAGUCGGAAUGAACAGUAUGUUAUUGAAUUUGAAGUUGCAGCUAAUCCUAGUAAUGUCACUUAUCAAUGGACCACUGAUCCUUCUGGAAUUGAAGACACAGACACUAACCAAGCAACUUUCACAGUCAAUGUACCAGAUGUUAACGUCACAGUGUUUACAAUAAGAAUGAAUGUUACCAAUAGCAUUGGAUUGACAUCAAAGUCGAUUAAAAUAACUGUAAUGGUAAGUCCAUGUGCUGACGAGCCCUGUGGAAAUGGUGGGACGUGUUCAGUUGUUGAAGAAGGUUACAAUUGUAGAUGCACUGAUCAUUUCGAUGGAUUAAAUUGCACAAACUGCAUCUAUAAGGAUGGCUGUGACUUGGAUAAGGGGGACACGUACUACAGUGAUGGGAAUGGCGUUUGUGGAUGCUACUGUGGUGGCUGUAGACAAUUUGAUAAAAAUACAAAUCGUUGUGAAAGUGAGUACACAAUAGCAAUAGCUACUAGUCAGCUGUUGGGGUUUUUUUUGUAAUAUUGCAAAAAAAAAAAGAUGAAGACGACGGCGUAAAGAAAUUUUAAU